AUGCCUCUCGCGAAGUCCAAGAACACUGUCGGCUUGGGCAACAGCCUGAUGAACGACCGCUUCGGCAGAGGCAAAGGUUCUGAUCGCAAGAAAGUCUCCUCACAACCUGGCUCUGUAGUUCGGAUCAACCAUGCCACGGGCGAAUCUUAUGUUACCAAUAGCGCGAAAGAGGCUGACUGGGUCAAAAUGCGCAGCAUCACCGAGCAGAAUCCCAUGGAUGAGUUCCUGUCCACUGCUGAGUUAGCCGGCACCGAUUUCACGGCUGAGAAAAUGAACAAUGUGAAGAUCAUACACACCGAUCAAAGGAAUCCUUAUCUGCUGUCCGCUACUGAAGAAAGAGGAGUGAGGAGAAAGCAUGCGCAGAAUCGAGGUAAAUUGACCGUGCCACGAAGACCGAAAUGGGACGAGAAUACUACGCCAAGAGAACUAGAUGAGUUAGAGAGAGCGAGUCUGCUGGAGUGGCGGCGAGGCCUGGCAGAGGUGCAAGAGAAUAACGAUCUACUCAUGACUCCCUUUGAACGCAACAUUGAGGUUUGGAGGCAGCUUUGGAGAGUGAUCGAGCGUUCCGACCUUGUCGUGCAGAUUGUCGAUGCCAGAAAUCCUCUAAUGUUCAGAUCUGAAGACCUGGAAAAGUAUGUGAAGGAGGUUGAUUCCAAGAAGAACAACCUCUUGCUCGUCAACAAAGCCGAUAUGAUGACCGAAGACCAGCGGAGUGCUUGGGCUGACUAUUUUGAGGAAAAGGACAUCAAUUACAAGUUCUUUUCCGCUCACUUGGCAAAAGAGCUGAACGAGGGUCGAGAAGUUGAUGAAGAGACAGAGGAGGAACAGCUUGAUUCGGACGAUGAUGUUUCACACGACUCUAUGGUGCAAGAUGUCCAGCAGCUCAAUCUUGAGGAACAAGAGGACUACGACGAGGACGAGGAUGAGGCGGAUGAUGAUUCAUCAGGUUCGGAGGAGAUUGGAGUCAGCGCAGAAGAGAGUGGUUCAGAUGCUUCACCUGUCUACAAUGAGACCGAGCCCUUACCAUCUACAAAUCCAUCACACGACGAAAGAACCCGAAUCUUGACUGUUGAUGAGCUGGAAUCAUUGUUCCUUGAGAAUAUUCCCUCACAACCAGAUCAAGGCGAGUCCGCAAGGAAAACUACCAUUGGACUCGUAGGCUAUCCCAAUGUCGGAAAGUCGAGCACGAUCAACGCUCUUAUCGGCGCUAAAAAGGUCUCUGUAUCGGCAACUCCUGGUAAGACGAAGCACUUCCAGACCAUACAUUUAUCGGACCGUGUUAUUUUGUGCGAUUGUCCUGGUCUGGUCUUCCCCAACUUCGCAACCACAAAGGCCGAGCUCGUCUGCAAUGGCGUCUUGCCUAUUGAUCAACUCAGAGAGUUUUCAGGCCCUGCCGGUCUCGUCGCCCUAAGAGUACCGCAACCAUUCUUGGAAAAUGUAUAUGGCAUGAAGAUUGCCAUAAGACCAGUUGAGGAAGGUGGCACGGGUCAACCUACUGCUAGUGAGCUGCUCAGAGCGUAUGCCAAGGCCCGAGGCUUUGCAGGCACAGGACGACAUGGUCAACCAGAUGAAUCUCGAGCCGCACGCUACGUUCUCAAGGACUACAUCAACGGCAAGCUAUUAUACUGCCAUCCACCUCCUCACGAUCCGGAAAUUGAUGGAAAGGAAUUCAAUAAGGCACUUUAUGAUUUUGCGCACCUACCGGCUAAACGACAAGCCUGGCUAAUAGCACAUACUAAUGAAGCAGAGGGUGAUGCCGGUUCCCAGACCACUUCUGCCCUUCCCACACUACGGGCCAAAGUUGGAAACAAAUCCAGAAAGCUGGAUGAGACUUUCUUUGCGCCAAAUCCGCGGAACGCAGGACACAUCAAAAAUAGGGCAUUUAACCACCAGUAUACGCAGCAAGGUCAGGUUGACAUGCAGCAGAAAAGUCUCACAGGAAGGAAAGAGAAAAUGCUGCGAGCACUAGAACUAGGUAUUGAUCCCAAGGAGGUUACGAAGGACAAGCAACACUUCAAGGGUAAACGAAUCAAGACAAAGAAGGCUAAAGCCGCAGACGAUGAAUGA